GGGGCGCACAGCGGCGCGCUCGCAGGGUGCGCUCGGCUCCGCGCGGCUCUCGGCGGCAGUGGCCGGGGCGCAAGGCUGAACGAGCGUCCGGGAAGCGGCGGCUUCGGCGCGCGGCCCGGCUCCUGGCCACUGCCCUAGCCCGGCCACCUCUUGGCCAUGGCUCUGGCGGACAGCACUCGUGGAUUACCCAACGGGGGCGGCGGCGGCGGCGGCAGUGGCUCCUCGUCGUCCUCGGCGGAGCCGCCGCUGUUUCCUGACAUCGUAGAGCUCAACGUGGGGGGCCAGGUGUAUGUGACCCGGCGCUGCACGGUGGUGUCGGUGCCCGACUCGCUGCUUUGGCGCAUGUUCACGCAGCAGCAGCCGCAGGAGCUGGCCCGGGACAGCAAAGGCCGCUUCUUUCUGGACCGAGACGGUUUCCUCUUCCGCUACAUCUUGGAUUACCUGCGGGACCUGCAGCUCGUGCUGCCCGACUACUUCCCAGAGCGCAGCCGGCUGCAGCGCGAGGCCGAGUACUUCGAGCUGCCCGAGCUCGUGCGCCGCCUCGGGGCGCCCCAGCAGCCCGGCCCCGGGCCGCCGCCGCCGCACUCGCGGCGAGGGGUGCAGAAGGAGGGCUCUCUGGGUGACGAGCUGCUGCCUCUCGGCUAUGCGGAGCCCGAGCUGCAGGAGGGCGCCUCUGCUGGGGCGCCGUCGCCCACCCUGGAGCUGUCUAGCCGCAGCCCGUCCGGGGGCGCGGCUGGCCCACUGCUCACGCCUUCUCAGUCGUUGGACGGCAGCCGGCGCUCGGGCUACAUCACCAUCGGCUACCGAGGCUCCUACACCAUCGGGCGGGAUGCGCAGGCGGACGCCAAGUUCCGGCGAGUGGCGCGCAUCACCGUGUGCGGCAAGACUUCGCUGGCCAAGGAGGUGUUCGGGGACACCCUGAACGAGAGUCGGGACCCCGACCGGCCUCCGGAGCGCUACACCUCGCGCUAUUACCUCAAGUUCAACUUCCUGGAGCAGGCCUUCGACAAGCUGUCCGAGGCGGGCUUCCACAUGGUGGCGUGCAGUUCCACAGGCACCUGCGCUUUCGCCAGCAGCACCGACCAGAGCGAGGACAAGAUCUGGACCAGCUACACCGAGUACGUCUUCUGCAGGGAGUGAGCUCCCCACACCCCUCGCGACUCCAACUCCCAUUCCCUCUCCUUCCUGGCCGGUAGAGGAUUCUAGAUUUUCCUUCCCAUCCCGUGUUCUCCCAUCCCCCAUUCCCACCUCCAGUAGCCCGGCCAGACCCACGACGCCCCCACCCCAAACACACGCGCGCGCGCGCGCGCACACACACACACACACACACACACACA